UGGGUACGUGCCGUCUCUUGAAGGCUCAUCAUCAUCGGCUGGAUCGAGGUCUCCCGAGCUCGCGAGAGCGUGCCAGAAGAAGUAAACGCUCAGAGGCGCGCUGCCGUUCGAGGCCUCCGCUCGGUUACCCAGCGCCGGCUGCCUGCCGUUUUCCCGAGAUGGGCAUCCCGUUGUCGCGGACCUGGCGCGACCGUCCAAAAACCAGGGUGGUCAAAUGGGAGCCCGAUCGCGAGGUCGCGCCCCUCGAGACGCUCGACGAACUGCUCGGGUUCGAGGAGCAGCCCUUUCUGUGCGCCGUGGAACCGCUCUCGGACGCCGUCAGGCGCGCUAGGCCUGGCGACCCGCGGACCAUCUUCUGCCACGACAUGGGCGGCGGCUACAGGGAGGACAGAUUCAUCUAUGGCUGCGAAGAGAGCAACGGGUACCGCUUUCACCACUGGCAAAUAAUCGACACAUUCAUCUAUUACUCCCACUACAUGGUCACCAUCCCUCCUCCGGGUUGGAUUUCAGCUGCCCACAAGCACGGUGUCAAGGUUCUAGGAACCUUCAUCCUAGGCGAGGAGGACAUCAAGACGAUCAAUAGGAUCAGAGGCUCCGGUCUCGUGCCCCAGGUGGCCGCCCAGCUGGCACGCGUCGCAUCCGUGGGCCGGUUCGACGGAUGGCUCAUCAGCAUCGGGUGCAAAGUGGACGCCAGCUGCGUUCCAUUCCUGAAGGACUUGCUCAGGACCACCACCACAGAGACGCACAAGGCCGUGCCGGGCUCGCUUGUCAUCUGGUACGAUGCCGUCGACAUCGACGGAAUGCCCGAGCCACACAACGAGCUCAACGGGAAAAACUCGUGCUUUCUGGAUCUGUGCGAUGGCAUCUUCCUCAACUUCCGCUGGACUGAAGCCAUGCUCCGGAAGUCGGCGCAGCUCGCAGGCGACCGCAAAGCCGACGUCUACGCCGGGGUGGACGUCUACGCGCGCGGCACUUCGUACCCUGGUGGCUACGACAUGUACGAGGCCGUCCAGCUUGCUCGUAGGUGUGGCUUGUCGGCUGCUGUAUUUGCGGCCGGCUGGGUCUACGAGACGCAAGAAAAGAAGAAUUUCGGGAAAAACCAGUAUAAGCUUUGGAAUUUUCCGGAUGACUGCUGCUCCAAGUUUCGUCUCACCAAGCUACCACUCUCCACGAGCUUUUGUCAAGGCUUUGGAAAACAGGCAUUCACCGCUGGCCAGAGAGUGUCCAGCCGGGCGUGGUUCAACUUGCACAAGCAGCAGCUGCAGCCUCGGGACCAGGGAAACUCACUCUGCGACACCUGCUGUUCGGUGAAGCUGCACACGGACGACGCCUACAACGGCGGCGGCAGCCUGCGCGUGCUCUUCAAGCGCAACCGCCAUUUCCCGGACACCAAACCUUACAUAAGGCUGUUCGGUUGCGAAUUUCCUCUGGGAUCCCUUGCGGUGAGCUACACCUUCAAGAACGUCAGCUCCUGCGUCACAGUUGGCCAGGACAUUGCGCUGGUUUUGAAGGCUAAAAAUGCAGCAGGAGAAACGGAGGAGAUCUUUCUGGGCAUGACGGCUGGUCUACCGCACGGUGACAACUACACAGUGACUCGGGAGAUCAUCAGAUGGCCCGAGACCACUACGGACGUGCCGCGGUUCCACUGGCUCACCAGGAAAUACCUUCUGGAGGACCUUCGGGGUGCCGGCGGGGCCAUUCUGGAAGAGAUUGGCCUCCACUUUUUCUGCGUUGAAACGGAGGCGAACGUUUGCCUGCUGGGUCAACUGGACGUCACGAGGCCAGCCGGUCCAAAAGGAGCUUCCAGCGACGACAGCAGCAGCGACGACGAACCAGAGAAGAAGCGGCAGCGGGAAGAGUGUUAUGGCCUUGACACAAUGGAGGCCGAGUUCAUCCAUGGCUGUCAUGAGAGGCACGUGUACCGAUUCCACCACUGGCAGAUUAUCGACACGUUCAUUUAUUACUCCCACCACUUGGUCACGGUCCCUCCUCCGGGCUGGAUUUCGGCUGCCCACAAGCAUGGCGUCAAAGUUCUAGGAACUUUCAUCUUAGGCAAGGACGAUGGCAAAACUAUUGGUGUGAUCAAACGCUUAGGUCUCAUGCCUCAAGUUGCAGCCCAGCUAGCACAUGUUGCAUCCGUGGGCCGGUUUGAUGGAUGGCUAAUCAGCAUCGGGUGCGAAGUGGACCCCCGCUUCGUUCCAUUCCUCAAGGACUCGCUUAGGGCCAUCACCACAGAAAUGCACAAAGCCGUGCCUGGCUCCCUUGUCCUCUGGUACGAUGCUGUCGACGUCAACGGGAAGGCCGAGCCGCACAACGAGCUCAACGAAAAAAAUUAUUGCUUUUUCGACUUAUUCGAUGGCAUCUUCCUCAACUUCCGGUGGACUGAAGCCAUGCUCCAGAGGUCGGCACAACUGGCAGGCAACCGCAAGGCCGACGUCUACGCUGGGGUUGACGUGUACGCACGGGGCACGCCCUAUUCUGGCGGCUUCGACAUGUACAAGGCCGUUCGGCUGGCUCGUAAAUGUGGCUUGUCAGCUGCUGUGUUUGCGGCCGGCUGGGUCUACGAGGAAAUGGAAAAGAAGCAUUUUCGAGUGAACCAGUAUCGGUUGUUUGGUUGCGACUUUCCGCUGAGCCCUCUUGUGGUGAGCUACACCUUCAAGAACAUCAGCUCCGUGAUCGCAAUCGGCCAGGACAUUGCAGUUGUUUUGAAGGCUAAAACUGCCGCAGGGGAGAUGGAAGACAUCUUUCUAGGCAUCACGGUUCGCCUGCCGGAGGGUGACAACUUCACGGUGACAUGGGAGGCCAGCGGAAGGCCCGCGGACAGCGAGGGGGAGUCCGGGACUUACUGGCUCACUAGGAAAUACCGGCUGGAAGAAGACGUGCGGGGUGCGGACGGUGCCAUUCUCGUGGAGGUUGGCCUCCAUUUAUUCUCCGUCAAUAGGGAAGCUACCGUUUGCCUGCUGGGCCAACUUGACGUCUCACGGCCAGCCGCUGAAAACGUUAUCCACAGUAGCGACGACAGCGACGACGACUACGAACCGGAGAAGAAGCGGCAGCGAGACGACCAGGACGGACUUGAAGCGAUUGAAUUCGAGUAAUAAAAAAAACGUG